CACCCUAAUCUCUCCAAUCACUAAACACAGCAUAUUUCUCUAAGAACACAAAGCAGUGCAGAGCCUUAAGGAGAUAAUACACCUGGGGUGUGGAUAUAGGCAUGGGUGGGGGCAGAAAUUCAUCAGGGUUGGAUACUUGCUUCCCACAAGGUGUGGCCUCCCUGUUUCAAGCCAUUUUUGGAAUUUUGAAUAUAUACAAGCAGACCAAAAAAUAUUCCAGAAAGGAAUUAUUGUACGAAAAAUAGAAGUUUGAGCCAAAGCACUCAUCUGAUAAUCCAACUUGGGGUUAGGGCAGCCAUGUAGCCAUCUGUAUCGAGGUUUGAUAGCCCAUUGGUCUUUAUUUCAGUGUCAGGUAUAUGAUAGCUUGAGAUUGAGGGUAAUCACCCACACUUUAGUCUAACUGUUGCGCUCAGGAUGCUCUGAAGAGGAUACAAGCCAUAAUUUUUUUGAAACAGAAAACUUUAAAGAGAGCUUCUAAUGAUUACUUCGAAAAUUCAAAUUUCAGCCGAAAAUAAACAUGUUUUAUUUCAAAUAUAUGAGAUAAGAAAUUACCCAUAUAUUUCAGAAGCUUUCAUGCUUCCCAGUUCUCCAUCGGCUUAAGCCUAAUGCAAUUAAAGAUGGUGAAGCUCUCAAUAACAUGCUUUGUUGCUAAAGAAGGAUUUUGAAAGGGAGUUAGACAAUGAGCACAACGCCAAAUCUCAGAAAGAGGAUGCUGAAUAUUUAACACAGAGCAU